CUCAGCCCAUCGGCCCCAGAUAAACAACACUGCUUAGAGCUGCGGCUAACGACUGCUGAAGAGCUCGCAUUUACCGAUUUAAACGAUGGCAAAGAAACCGGAGGACUUCGGAGAUUAAUGGCUGUGAUCACGUUUAAGAAAUCUAUUGCCACACUCCAUCGCUAGGUCUGGAUAGCCCUCUUCAGCCAUGUCGUCACGUGUGUUGCUGCGGCAGCAGCUGAUGCGAGAACAAGCCCAGGAGCAGGAGAGACGUGAGGCUCAGCAGCAGGCCUCUGCCUCUCAGCUCCGGGCCUCUGACUCCACUCCUGCCAUCUCUGUCACACUGCCCCCAAAUGCUGCCCGCCCUCCUCCAGCACAGGUGCCUGUGGAGGUGCUGAAAGUGCAGACCCACUUGGAGAACCCCACCAAGUACCACAUCCAGCAGGCACAGAGGCAGCAGGUGAAGCAGUACCUCUCGACCACUUUGGGCAACAACGCCGUCACUCAGACCCUGGGCGUGUCCCCUGUGCAGCAGUCCAGCUCUGCCCCUGAAGUUGCUCCUUCUGCCAGCAGUGCCCCUAACAGUCCUAUGGCUCUGCUCAAUAUCGGCUCUAACAAGGAGGAAAUUGACGAUGUGAUCGACGACAUCAUUAGUCUUGAAUCCAGUUUUAAUGAUGACAUCAUUACAUUGAUUGACUCAGGUCUUCAGCUGCCUAGUACGCUCCCAGGAAACCUGUUGGAUGUUUACCAUAGCCCUGGAAUGGCAGCACCUACUCUCACUGUCAGCAACUCCUGCCCUGCUGAUCUUCCAAAAAUUAAAAGGGAAAUUACUGACGCAGAUGCCAAAGCACUAAUGAAAGAAAGGCAGAAGAAAGACAACCAUAACCUCAUUGAGAGGAGGCGGAGAUUCAACAUCAAUGACCGUAUAAAGGAGUUGGGUACUCUUAUACCCAAGUCGAAUGACCCAUAUCACAAUGAUAUCAGCGAGAUGCGCUGGAACAAAGGCACCAUCCUGAAAGCCUCCGUGGACUACAUCAGGAAAUUACAGAAGGAGCAGCAGAGAGCCAAGGAUAUCGAUAUGCGUCAGAAAAAGCUGGAGCAAGCCAACCACAGUCUAAUGCUACGCAUCCAGGAGCUGGAAAUGCAGGCACGACUCCACGGCCUCUCCACCUCCAGUGGCAUCUCAUCUGGUCUGAGCUCUGAUCCCUCUCUGCUCCACCAGCAGCAGGUCCCACAAAGCGGCCCGUCUCUGCCUCCCGCUGCAGUGUCCUCCCAAAACCUGCUGAGUAUGGGCGCAGCAGUCAUUGGACAGUCUCUGCCGGCCUCUUUCCUGUCCCCGCCCUCCUCGGACUCUCCUGCAGGAGUCACCCUCAGCAGCCCUCUGGACCUGGGCAGCCUGAGUUUCGCCGAGCUAGACGACACCUCCGCCUCAGCACUCUACCCUGACGUGGGCUUGGGAGACAUUCUUAUGGACGACGGGUGUACCCUGUCUCCAGAGCGGGUGGCUGAGCCGCUGUUUUCUCCUUUGUCACCAGGUGCCUCUAAAACCAGCAGUCGCAGGAGCAGCCUUGACAUGGACGAGGACUUGUGAUGGGCUCUGUGUGGCAGUCAGAGACUGUCUGUAGGGACAAGAAUGUCAGGAAGUGCAGUCUACCCUUAAAUAACACGAGUCUGUUUAUAGGACUGUAGAAAUGAGCUUGUAGAAGCAGAAAUAGCUAACAUUAAGAUCAAAACUAACAAACGUUGGAAAAAGUAAGUUCUUGAUUUUUUUGCCAUACAGACCUUAUUAUUAUUGUUCCUGUUUGGAGCUGGUCAGAUGAUCAUGUCUGGGUUUAUAAAUACAAUCUUACUAAAAUGGAAUAUUAUAUAUUAAGGGCAUGGACUUAGAAUUAUGAGAUAAUACAUUCUUAAAUAGUUUUUAAGGUUUUCUUCAGAGAUUUAAGAGGGAUAUAAAGUUUGCUUGAAUUUAUUAUGUGCUCAUUUAUAGGGAAGAAAGCUGUGAGGUUUAUUUUUCACAACAAGACUGGCAUAACAAACUGAUCAAGAGAUGCCAACAUACAGUUUAUUUUGUUUUUUGUUUCAACUGACUGGAAUCAGGGUUUGUUAAUAGCAGUCGCAUCCGUGUUGGGUUGUUUCACCAGCAGCUACAGAAGGGAUCUUUGUAAGGUGAAUUGGCACAUUGUGAAAUAUUAACUGCAUAUUGUAUAUAAGAAUAUUUUAUUUUGAGCAAUUUUAUUGCACCUUAUUUUAUGGCAGUCUAUGCAUUUUAUGAGAGCUUUUGUCUGUUUUUAUUACUAUCACACACAGUGGACAGCUAAUGCCCAGGUUGCAUGUCUUUGUAAUAAACCUUAAAAAGCAAUGGAAAAUCACUUGCUGCUGCAGCUAGUUAGCCAAAGCAGGACUUCUUCCAGAGUAGCUACAAAUUACAAAUCAGCAUUUUAUUUUUGAAUAUAUUCACUCAGUCAAUGGAAAUGUAAGACAGUAUGAGAAAUGCAGAACAAUUUUAUCUUUUACAAUAGUACUGUAGAUCAUUACAUUUUAGUUUUCUUUUUUUUGAUACCUGAAUAAUAGUUUGAUAAGUAGUUUCUCCUGACUAAUAUCUGUGUUGUCAGUGAUUGUUUGUCUCUGUUAACCUCCAUGGUCACUGAGUGAUUUUACUGGUUAGCAUGUUCUACCAAGAUUGUGGCUUUUUUUUUUUGAUGACGAUCAAAAGUGAUAUAUCUAAUAAUGCAUUUUUGCUCAUUGUAGUAUGAAUUCAGAGGGCUUUGACCUUCUUUUAAACCAACCACUAGCCUCACCUCUGUAAUGAUAAGAUAUAACUGUUUGUUGUGUGAAACCUGCAAUGCAAUUAUUAUUCUAUAAAACAGCCACAAACUUUAGAAAGGCAUUUAAUUUUUGUCGGAUGCUUAACGCAACCUUAUGUACAGUUAAUGAAUGUGUGUGAAAAAGUACCUGCAUAAGUGUAGUUGUUCUUGUUUUUUUUUUUUUUUUUUUUAACAUUGACGCACUGUAUUUUUGUUCCUCAAACACACCCUCCGACGUUUAUAAUACACAUCUAUUUUUAUUUUUUUCAGCAGCCAAAAACAUACUGUUCUGGUGGUUACGCAGAUUUUAAGGUGUCCUCUUCAGGUCAUUCAGGACUUUUGAGCUAAAAGCAGCUCUACUCCAGAGCUCAGUUCCCCCUAAGUACCCAUGAUCAGCUUUUUCCACUUAAUGGCUCUCCACAAUAUUAACCACGUCUUACCCUGACAUAUAUUUGAGUGCUGACAUCGACUGUUUACCAUAAACAGGUAGCAUUUGUGUCUUAUCCUUACAAGUUGGCUUUCGGAAGAUUUUAACAAAUAAAUGAUUCCCAUUG